AUUUUCCCGACCGAUAUCCCGACCUGGUACACUCCUUUUUGCCUUGGUGAAAAAUAUCAACCUUCGACCACCGCAAUCCUGACCAGCAAAUCAUUAACAUUUUAUCGAACAUAUUACACUCGCUCAUAUCUCCCACCUAAUCCACCCGUUUAACUUCAAAAUGUCCCAAGCAACAGACAAAGUCUACCGCCCCUGGCCGCAUGGACCCCCAACAUACUCGCAAGCCAACCCGGGGCAAUCGCGAGAUAUCACCCAGAACCAAGACUGGAAUUAUUCUCUCUUCGAUUGUUGUGACCCAGGCUCACUAUGCCUGAUGAGCUGCUGCCUCCCAUGUCUGACAUUCGGCAAAACCCAAGCUAGGAACCACGAUGCCACAUUGAACAACUUUAGCUACUGCAACGCAGACUGCACGAUUUUCACAGGUCUCGCCUUCAUCUACUCCCAUUGGAUCAUUCAGACCAUCAGACGUGGUGAGAUGCGCGAACGCUUCGGUAUUAAGGGUAGUUGUUGUGGAGACUGCUGUGCCACGUUUUUCUGUUCCUGCUGCGCUCUGGUCCAGGAGGAGAAGGAGGCUGAGUUGCGGACGAGAGCUGAGUUGGGGUAUCAGAAGACGCAGGGCAUGGAGUAUAAAUAAGGUCUGAUGAUGUGGGAGACAGUAUGAGACUUUGGGUGGAUCCUUAUCUUUGUUACGGGACUUUCUUUUUCUAUGGCAUUUCCUUUGUUUUUCUUCUCAUUCAUACCUUCGUUCAUUUAAUCCUAUUUUCUUGUGAUACAAAGAUUGAUUAUAGUUCCCACUGUU